AAUGAGUAGAAUCUUAGAUUCAUGAGCGUUCGUGGACUUUAUCAUUUCGAGUGUUUUGUAAGCAAGGUUGUAUAGAUGGAUUGAUCGAAAUAUUGAAUCUCGUUAUGGCUGCCUGAUUCCCUAUACAAGUUCCUCGUGCUGAUUGGAUGCCCAAUUCCUCCUAGCUUUACCAUGUUGCCAUGACAUAUCAGAUUAUGCAUUGCGGCCGCGAAUAAUCGACCAGACUAACAGCAUCGGUGUCUUCUGUUGGAUACUUGGAUAAAGUAGCCAUGAGGCCAUGAGGAAGACAUUGCUCAUCCCACAGACCCACACCUAAUCUUCCCCAAUCCAAUUUCCAUCAAGUCCAAUGUUGGGAAAUGUCAAGCCCAAUGCUUAAUCACCCCUCUCAUGUAGGAUUUCCAAAGCUCCCCGCGCAACUGCCCCAUCGACCAAUCGGAGAUCAGGACCAGGUCGUCCUCUGAACCGGCUCAAUUAUUCAGCUCAAAUGACCUCAUAUUCGUUCUCAGCUUCGUAGCAACUGCGACGCUUCGAUUUGUUCUCUAAACACGAGCGACAUCACCGGCUAAUCGUGUUCCAGUUGCUAUCGGCUAUCGCCAUGUCGUCGCCUUCCUCCUUGUUCAAGCAGCUCGGGCUUACGGGAGCCGGCUCCCCCCUCUCCGGCCGCCACCUCCUCCUCAUCCUCCUCGGCGCCGGCUUCCUCGCGUUCACCGUCUUCAUCGUCCACCCCAACGAGUUCCGCAUCCAGGCCUUCUUCGCAGGCAGCUGCAGCCGCCCCGGCACGGACGCCGCCGCUGUCGCGUCACCACCGGCCAAGGCUGCCGCCGCCGCUGAGGCUGCAGGGGCGCCGGCACCGGCGCCGGACGACGACGACGGCGACGUGCGCCUCCUCAUCGGCAUCCAGACGCUGCCGGCCAAGUACGAGCGGCGGCACCUGCUGCGGGCCGUCUACUCGCUCCAGGUCCGGGAGCACCCGUCCCUCGCCGGCCGCGUGGACGUCCGGUUCGUCUUCUGCAACCUGACGUCCCCGGACGACGCGGUGUUCGUGGCGCUGGAGAUCAUGCGCUACGGCGACAUCAUCGUGCUCGACUGCGCCGAGAACAUGGACAACGGCAAGACGUACACCUUCUUCUCCACCGUGGCCCGCGCCUUCGACGCCGGCGCCGGCGGCCGCCGCCCGCCGUACGACUACGUGAUGAAGGCCGACGACGACACGUACCUGCGCCUGCCGGCGCUGGCGGCGUCGCUGCGCGGCGCGUCCCGCGAGGACGCCUACUUCGGCCUCCAGAUGCCGUGCGACCGCGAGAACUUCUACCCGUUCCCGCCCUUCAUGUCCGGAAUGGGGUACGCGCUGUCGUGGGACCUGGUGCGGUGGGUGUCCGGCUCGGAUCUCGCCCGGCGGGAGCAGGACGGGCCCGAGGACAUGUGGACAGGGCGGUGGUUCAACCUCGCCGGCAGGGCCAAGAACCGGUACGACGCCGCGCCGAGGAUGUACAACUACAAGGGCGCCUCGCCGGACAGCUGCUUCCGGCACGGCUUCGUCCCGGACACAAUCGCCGUGCACAUGCUCAAGGACGACGCGCGGUGGGCCGAGACGCUCGCGUACUUCAACGCCACGGCGGGGCUCCCGCGCUCCGGCCACCUCUACCACCUGCCGCCGGCGGCGGCGGCGGGCAGGCCGUGAGGCCCUGAGCUGACCGUUGAACCGUUCGUUCAGUUCUUGGGCGUUCGCUCUCGUGGGGGCUCCGGGCCGGAUGCGCGUGCGUUGGAUGCUGUCAAGGGUUGGUGGCGGCAGUUACGUGUCCAUUUGGUGUUACUGAAUAAUGCUGAUAGAAUAGAAAAUUGCACAAUUGGAAUUGUUUGCAAUUUCGAGUUUCAUGUAGUACCUCAUCGAGUUUUUUUUUGAGAGGCCUCAUCGAGUUUGUUGGUCUUGUUUGAUGUAUGCCGCCGACUCGAAGAAGGAAGGACGGCUAUUGCCUGGACGCAACGCAGUU